AUGGGACCGAUUCGGAGAUACCUGCGUGUCAGCAAAUACACCGUCCUUGAAUGCCGAAUAUACCUAGAAAACCCAUCGGACUCGCGAUGGCUACUGGACUCUCAUGACGCUACACUAAAACGGGUCAUUGAAAGUAUCCGACCUCUCGUGCAGCCCAAGCUACGUGAGGAGAAAGAACGGAUCAAGGCCAAGAAGAAGAGCAAACCCGUGAAAGACGUCCUUGUUGAAGAUGAUUUUGAAGUUUCUAUAUUCCUGCGAGAAAGCGGAAGUCGACAUUCCCUGCUCACACGGCAAAAAGUUUUCAGAGACAACAAAGGCCGGAUCACAAGCAAUUCCAAAAAAAUGACAGGUGGGACGGAUGACUCACCGAUUGAAAUAUCAGAACAGAAUAUAGGCGAGACGAGGAUUCUAGUGGAGAGUGAUGAUGACGAAGAGAUGCCUUUUGCAAACGAUGAAGCGCCAGAGAACAAUAAUAAGAACAAGAAUGAUAAUAAUGCUGCCAAUGAAAAUAUGCAGGAUACCGCUGGGGUGGCGAAUGAGGCCACCGAAGACAAGAAGAAGCUAGGCCUUACUACCACGUAUGAUGGAUUCGGAAUAUGGGGAUGGGUCCUCUGUCUAAUCAUUAAACGCAAGAAGCCGAUGGAAUCUUCCAAGAAGACGAACGAUGGAGAGACCGGACAGGCUUUGAUGGAGGAGUGGAUUUGCACUCAAGCACCACGAGAAUACGACGAAUAG